CAUUUUCAGCGAUCAACUUGAGCAAAGAAGAUCAACUUACGUCAUUGUAGGUUGAAUGACUGAUAAGAUUUCUGAUUCUACUAUCUAAGAAGUAGUUCUUGUACUAAAAAGAUUACGAAGAUAAUUCUUGUUGAAAAUCAAAAGUAAUGGCCAGUCCUAAAAGUGCCGCCGCUGGCGGCAGUCGUGGUUCCACGGGGAAUGGCACUGCAACAGCACCAGCUUCAGCAAAUGGAGGUGCCCCAGGAGGAGCAAACGGCAACCAUGCAGCUGCACCUGCUCCAGCCGCCGCCGCCGUGCCUGGUGCGGAUGGGCCGCAAGGCAACGUCAGUUCCCUCAGUGAGAUGGAGUGGAAAAGUAUGGAAGUCCCACUGGAAAAUCAGACCAAAAACACACAUUUGAACCUGCAGAAGUGGCUUGCAGAUCGAGCGAGAUCGCUUGGCAUAAAAUCAAAGCAGGAAGAAGAUGAGGAAGAUGACGACGAUGACGAGGACCAAACACCAAAAUCAACCGGGAGCCCUGGCGGAGCUAGAGAACACGAAGUCGAGGAAAAAAAUUGGUCUCAAGUCAACCUCGCAUUCCAAGAGAGCAAACUCAGCUGGAAAGGAAACUUUAGCACGUAUUCUCCAUAAAGAUAAAAAUUUACAUGAGAUGAUCAGCCAAAUGUCCUCCUCUGGUACAACAGCUCAAAGAACUGAGCUACUCAAGUCAACAUCAACUACGAACUUAAACAACCCUCAAUAAAACAAACAACCACGACACAGAUACAACUUCAGUAACUGGAUAUGGAAUUACGUAGUACGUGUUAGGCUGGAUGAAAGCAAGGGAAACGUAGAGGAAUUUGCUGAACGAGAUACAGAGGAAGUCGUACAAGGUGUGGAGGAUAUCCAUGACGUCCUAGCAGAAUUCAUACCAGCCGACCAAGUUAAGAAAGACAAGGUACUUAAAUAUUGAUUCAUAAAGUGCAGCUGCAGUCUAGAAGUAGUAGAAUCAUUUACUUAUAUAAUCAAUAAGAAGGUUUCUAAUUAUUCUAUUGCUUUAAUUAUUCAGGAAGCAAGAGGAGCAGCAACAGAUUCUCAUUCUAUUUUUGAUUUACAUUAUCUUCAUUCUACUUGACCUUCCCUAGAAGUGGAUUGUCUCGCUUCCUCACCCUUACUACAGGAUAGCAAGGACAAGAAGAAGGACAAGAAAGAAAAGAAAGACGACAAGAAAGACAGCAAGAAGAAGUCAGAGGUCAAAGAAGAUCCAAAGGCCGCGAAAGGAGGUAAGAAAAAGAAACCGGCAAUCACGCUCAACGCCAAGGAAAAGCUUCAGGCUGCAAAUCUCGUUAAGGGAAUGA